CUCAACUCUGGUUCGUGGCUGGUCUUCAUGCGAGUGGUCCGUUACUCCAAGCCCGACGCCCCCUUACUGAGUGGAGCGUUUGUGUUUCUGGCACUUGCAGUCAUAUGUGAUAUGUGCAUCCCAUAUUACACGGGAAAAGUCAUAGACAUCCUGGAAGAACAUUACCAUCCAAACAGCUUCAUGUCAGCCAUCUUAAUCAUGGGUCUUCUCUCACUGGGCAGCUCUUUGUCCUCUGGGUUGCGUGGAGGUCUCUUCAUGUGCACUUUGUCCAGACUGAAUAAGAGAGUUCGUCUUAUGCUCUUUAAUUCUUUGGUCAAACAGGAGAUAGGAUUUUUUGAAGAUAAAAAGACAGGGGAUUUGACAUCACGUCUGUCUGUCAACACCAAGUUAAUGAGCCAAUCAGUGGCAAUGAAUGUGAACAUCCUUCUGCGCAGCUUAAUUAAAAGUGUUGGCAUCCUGUAUCUGAUGGUCAGCCUGUCCUGGAAACUCACGCUGGUCACUUUCAUCGAAGCCCCGCUGAUUGCCAUCACGCAAAAGAUUUACAACACACACUAUGAGCAAUUAUCAAAAGAAGUUCAGGACUCGGUGGCCAGAGCCAAUGAGACAGCAGGAGAAGCGGUUGCCGGGGUGAGAACUGUACGCAGUUUCUGCAUGGAACCCAGUGAAGCCCGUCGUUAUGACGACCGAUUGACUGACACUCACAAUCUGAAGACUCGACGAGAUACAGUGAGGGCCAUCUACCUAUUAGUGCGACGGAUGGCAAUUGAAAUUGGAAUUAGAAUAUCUGAGAAGUGCUGUAAUCAGUCUCUUGUCUACAUGUAUUCUAACAUGCUAAACUCCGUGGGUGCGGCUGCUAAAGUUUUUGAGUACCUGGACAGAAAGCCACUGGUGGGCAUUGAUGGAAGUCUUCAUCCUGAAACCUUGACUGGCAAAGUCCACUUCAACAACCUCACCUUCUUCUACCCAAAUCGACCUGAUCAACCAGCCCUCAAGAACUUCUCUCUGGAGUUGAAGCCGGGUCAGAUGACGGUUCUGGUUCUGAAAGGCCUUAGGUUAGCAAGGUUAGCUAAACUUUUUUGACCCUGCCUCUUAAAAGAAUCGGAAUCGAGAAUCGAACCGGAAUCGAAACAAGGAAUCGCAAUCGGAAUCAGAAUCGUUCAAAUUCAAACGAUACCCAACCCUAGUCAGGACCCUGUGCUUUUUUCUGGCUCCAUCAGGGACAACAUAGCUUACGGUCUGACUGAUUGUGAUCAGAAAAAGGUAGAGGAUGCAGCCAAAGAUGCCAAUGCCCAUGAUUUCAUCAGUCGACUAGAAAAGAGAUAUGACACAGAUGUUGGAGAGCGUGGUUGUCUUCUCUCUGGGGGUCAGAAGCAGCGCAUUGCUAUCGCCAGAGCUCUAAUCAGACAACCUCAGGUGCUCAUACUGGAUGAGGUCACCAGCAGCCUGGACACUGAGAGCGAACGCAUGGUUCAGGAUGCUCUGGCCCGUCAUCCCAACCAGACCUUGCUAGUGAUUGCACAUAGGCUGAAAACAAUUGAAAGGGCAGACCAGAUCAUUCUGAUUGACAAAGGGGAGGUUGUGGAGCAAGGGACACACCAGGAACUGAUGGAGAAGAAAGGCAGUUACUAUAAACUGAGAGAGAGGCUCUUCACUGAAGAAAAAGAAGUAGACGAGGAGGAGGUCAAACACGAAUGACUUGCUUAUUAUAAGCUUUUACAAAGAAUACAUUAAUAUUUAUAAUAACAGGCAGCAAAUUCACAAUGAAACAGAGUUCGUUUCCUUUUAAAAUAGCAUUGCAUUCAUUAAACAUUUAACUUUUCGUUAGCUAACCGUUUGUAUUUUUUCCACUUUGAAUAAACUUUCAACGUUAAACAUUGUCAAUUAAUGCACUCUUGUUUGACAGUCUUAGAAAACAGCAAAAGCAGUGAAAUAUAAAAUUGAUUUGGAUAUUGUUAAGAUACUACUUACUGUGUGAAUAUACACCUUUAUUUGUGUUU